GCAGAGAAGAAUAGAAUUUCAAGAGACCAGAGAAGAGAAUCGCCUUUCUUCGCACCUCCCCUCCCGUACUUAUGUUGUGACAGUCACAGCUCUCUGAGCAUAUGUACUAGAGUGCAUAUCCAUGUGCAGUGUUUGAAGACAGAACAUGGAGGGGAGAAAGAGGGAUACUGGGCAGAAGUUUUAAUCGGAUUGUGAAGGCUUGCGUGUUAUGACGACCCCCAACAAAGGAAACAAAGCCUUGAAGGUGAAGCGGGAGCCUGGCGAGAAUGGGACCAGCUUGACAGAUGAAGAGCUGGUGACCAUGUCUGUACGGGAGCUGAAUCAGCAUCUGCGGGGCUUGUCAAAGGAGGAGAUCAUACAGCUCAAGCAACGCCGGCGGACCCUGAAGAACCGGGGCUACGCUGCCAGCUGCCGGGUCAAGAGGGUGACCCAGAAGGAGGAGCUGGAGAAACAGAAGGCGGAACUGCAGCAAGAAGUGGAGAAGCUGGCCUCGGAGAAUGCCAGCAUGAAAAUGGAACUUGAUGCCCUGCGCUCCAAGUACGAGGCACUGCAGAACUUCGCCCGGACCGUGGCCCGGAGCCCUGUCACCCCUGCCCGGGGCCCACUUGCUUCCAGCAUGGGGCCACUUGUGCCUGGCAAGGUUGCCACCACCAGCGUCAUCACGAUAGUGAAGUCUAAAACGGACGCCCGGUCUUAGUGAAGCGAGCACUGCCUGGGCUUGUGUGUGUGCAGGGCAGUUAGGCACAAAGCUCAUCUGGAAUCCCCAAAGCACAACCCUCUCCCAGAUGGCCUAGCCCACACGGGCACAUGCUGGCCUGUUUGUCACUGCAGUCCCUUUGUUUCUAAGCUUUGUCCUGAUUGGUGUGACUGAUGGUAAUGCAACCCUUCCUGUGUGAGCAGAACCUUCUGUCCAGGGGUGUUCUGGGAACAGAGAGACUGAAGGACCUCAGUUCUCUAGCCAAAGAGAUUCUCAGCAGCAUGGAAUAAAUUCUUGGGGAGGAAUCGCCCAAAAGCAGGGGAGGGUAGAGAUCCUGGGAAAGUUGGAAGACCUGCUGUAGUGAUAACUCUGUACUAUUCUUCCAGGGUUGUGUGUCAACUGUCCGGUUUGCUGCUUGUAAAUUGCUUGGUAUCAGUGGCUAAAAUGGGGAUAGUGUGUGUAACCAUUUUUAUAUUAACAUCUAUUGGCGCCUUUUAUGUUUAAAGGUGGGAUUCCUUAGGACUUUUCCUGAAGGGGGAGGGAAGGGGGCAAAAAAAAACCGAAAACAAAACAGCAGUACUGUAGUGUCUGUGCUGCAGAGAAGGGAAAGGAGCCAGGAAUGGGCACCACUGUCGCCCGCCUACUAGGAGAGAAGGCAGGCUGUACCGUGGUGGCUACAGGCCAGUUUUGUGCCUAAUGUGUUGCACUGAACAAGACCAAAAUCACUAGUUGUUUCCUGUGUUUGGAGAGUAUCAAGUGUCUCUAGUGUGAUGGUUUACACAACCAGUUUAUGUGGUUUAAAUAGCCCUUUAUUUAUGACUGAUAAGAUUCCUUUUAAUGAAUUACUGAAAUGAUCUAAGUUUCAAAACUAAAAUUGGAUGAAGGACUUGUCUCCUUUUUAACCUGAGAGAAUGAAAAAUAUUUGAUUGUCAUAUUCUUGGAGACUUUGCUAGCUCAAAACAAAAAAGCAAAAAAA